AUGUCUGCUCCUAGCUGGGAAGAAAUGGAGGGCAAGAGGCUCGAAAUGAUCAACUCGUUCCGAGAGGUCGCGGCUGCCAUGACCAACUGUGUCAAGGUGAUCGACGAAUACACCAGCCUCUCUCCCGUGCAUCUCUCCAAGCCCGACCUCCUUCAGCCCCUUACCGCCGGCGGUCCCCUCGCACAGGCCCUCGCCUCCGGCCUCGGCGACCCCUCUUACGGCGGUGGCAUCAACCCUGCUACCGGCAAGAAGGAGCGCAAGAAGAAGGAGAAGAAGAUCAAGGACCCCAACGCGCCCAAACGACCCCCCAGUGCCUACAUCUUGUUCCAGAACGACGUGAGGGAUGAGAUUAGGAGGUCAAACCCCAACAUUGCGUACAAGGAGAUCUUGCAUAUCAUCUCUGCCAAGUGGAAGGAUUUGGCGGAUGACCAGAAGAAGGUGUACGAGGAUGCAUACCAGAAUGCUCACUCCACCUUCCGUGCGGAAGAGGAAGCCUACACUAGCAAGAAGGACUUCCCUGUCCCCCCUCCCGUCGCCGCCGAGGAAGACUUUUCCUCCGACUCUGACUCUGACUCUAGUUCUGAGGAGUCUGUUGUGCCUGCGCCUACCACUCUUGCGUCUGCUACCGCUACCGACAAGAAGGAGAAGAAGAGGAAGAACAAGGAAGAAGAAGCUUCUAAGAAGAAGAAGAGCAAGGACUGA